GCGCCUGCAGGUGAAUCACGUUGGUGAUCGACAUGGGUUCCAUCGUUUAUACGUUAAUAAAUUUAGUGGAUGUUGUUCGAGUGUUUUGAUGGAAGCAAUAACUGUGGAGCUUCUCGCCCAGAGCUCCCUCGUCCAUUCAAGUGCCUUUUCGACCAUUCCAUCCUUGCUCAAGCAAUAUGUGUGUCUGACACGCUCACAUGUCAGCCCACAAUGAAACGUUUCCGUCGCCGCAUGUCACACACAUUCUCCACGCAGAGGAUGAACAGCGACAACGGCCUCUCGGAGCUUGCCGAAUGUCUUUCGUUGAGGGAAAACGGUGACCAAAAGAAUGGUGUGCCGAAGAAGAGCCUUCUGGCGAGGGCCAGCCGAAGGCUGUCUUUUUCUACAUCUCGAAUCAUGGACAUCCAGGGUGUGGUGCACGAGCAUCCCCGCAUCGGCUCGGAUGGGGAGAGCGAGGAGGCCUCUGGGGCAUCGGACGAAGUGGUCUCUCCGGUCAAACUGAGGAACCGCGGACGAAAGAUCGGACAGCAAGACAUCAGCAAAAGGCUCUCUCUUCCUGCAGACGUCCACCUCCCGAAAAGCUUCAUCGCGAAACAGUCCGUGAGUCCCACCCUGGAAGGGCCCAUCAGUCGGACCCUCAGGAGACAGUCCCUGGGUGAGCAUAUUUCUUCUCAGCCUUCGGAAAUCGGUUUUGGUCGAAUGGAGUCCUAUGUCAAACUGAAUAAACUAGGGGAAGGUACUUAUGCCACCGUGUACAAAGGCAAAAGUCGCCUGACCGACAAACUGGUCGCCCUCAAAGAGAUCAGGUUAGAACAUGAGGAGGGAGCACCCUGCACUGCCAUUAGAGAAGUUUCUCUUCUGAAAGAUUUGAAGCACCAUAAUAUUGUUACUCUUCACGAUAUCAUCUAUACAGAAAAGUCACUAACACUAGUUUUUGAAUAUCUGAGGAGAGAUCUGAAAACGUAUAUGGAAGAUGUGGGUAGAAUACAAGCAUCAAAUGUUAGGUUAUUUCUUUUUCAAUUGCUGAGAGGGUUAGCUUAUUGCCAUCGAAGGAAAAUUCUUCACAGAGAUCUCAAACCUCAAAAUUUAUUAAUAAAUUCCUUCGGAGAGUUGAAGCUGGCAGACUUUGGCUUGGCGAGGGCGAAAUCGAUCCCGACAAAAACAUAUUCAUACGAAGUGGUGACACUGUGGUACAGGCCGCCUGAUGUUUUGCUGGGGUCGACGGAUUAUUCCACUUCUAUCGAUAUGUGGGGCGUGGGUUGCAUCUUCUUCGAGAUGGGAGACGGGAGGCCCCUGUUCCCAGGCUCCACCUCCAAGGACCAGCUGCACCACAUCUUCAGGGUCCUGGGGAGCCCCCCCACGGUGGACUGGCUGGGGUCCUCCAGCCCGGAAGAAUUCUCCCCCGAAGAACUCCUCUCCUACGAGCGACAGCCCUUCGCCCUCAACAACAACAAGUGUGAUGUCGACCUACUAGAAAAGUUCCUCAAGUACGAUCCAAAGGAAAGGAUUGGGGCCGCCGAAGCCAUGAAGCACCCAUACUUCCAUUGUUUAGGGCCGGAAGUGCACAAACUACCAGACACUGCAUCAAUAUAUCUAGUUCCUGGUAUUAAAUAUGUUGCUGACGAUAACCUUCCUUGGCGGAAAGAGACUGAAGAUGUAGUUGCUAGGCGGAAAUCAAGGGACAAAAAUGUAGACAUCAGAUCAGAGCAUGGUUCCAGUGAUUAA